UCCUCUCCCACACCUAAGCGAAUCAAGACUUCCAUCUCUGCCAACGCACCAUCACACCUGAUAGCUCAACAGCAAGUCAAUCCCUUUUCAAGAGUGCCUUCGUUCGAGGGCAUUCCUAUGCCCCAAACUCAGAUUCCUCCCCAGAAUCCGCGCAAACGCCGUGCUUCCCCCCAGUCAGGCUCUGCGGCUACCAUGGCGGCGCCAGGCGCGGCUCCGGCGACGGGGGAAACUGCGCACGAGCAAGGACCUGGAGGAUCGGAGCCUGCCCCUAAGAAGAAGGGGAGGACCAACACUCCGUGGACUGCUGAGGAAGAGCAGAGGCUGAAGACCAUGCGCGAUGCGGGUCGCACCUGGAGCGAGAUUGCCAAGACAUUCCCUGCCCGGACCGAAGGCAGCGUCAAGAAACAUUGGUACAAAGAUAUGCACUAUGCCGAAUUUGCUGAAGACGAGUCCGUAGCACUUCGGGAAGCGAUUAGGGAAUACGAUGCAAAUAAAUGGAAGGCAAUUGGACUGAAAGUCGGAAAGCCAGCCAAGGCGUGCGAACAAUAUGCGAAAGAACAUUUCAAGGACCUUUAG